GCAGACACGCGCAAUGAUAGCCGGAAGCAUCGAUGGGAGGAAAAUAAAAAUCGAUUAAAGCCAGUGUAUAUCGCCAGUGUCAGAAAUCUAGUUUCUGUCCUUCCUGUUACCACAAGCUCGAGUUUCUCCGUGUUUUUAUUUUGCUGAAGGGAACGUCGGACAGCCAGACGCGCCGCUCCGUUUGGUCCAAGUUGCUCAGUGGGGGUUUCUAGCUGACGUGUGGAGAAGUUGAGACUGCUGGGGCGCAGAUAAACAAACAUAAACAAGCAGGGGAUCAGCUGAGCGCCUGUUCCAACCGAACCAGGAGCUCGGAGAGAUGGCAGGAGCGGCCGAAUCCCGGGUUUGAGCCGCAGCAGACGGUGACUUUCACUCAGACUUGCUUUUACAUGUCAACUGUCAACACAAAGAAUUUAAGGAAACACGAGGAGAAAACCCACAGCUCUUCUUACUGUUGGUCACCCACAGCGAUAUUGUUAUGUUCAGCCAAUAAGUUCACCUUUCAGGUUCCAGCUGGAAACAAACCAAUACAUAUAGUUCGAGGAGGCAGAGGUUCACUGAUCUGUGGCCCCUGGUCCCAUAAGUAGAAUGAACAUGGCCCACCAGGCAACUCCUAGUUCCCAGAAAGCCCUAAUGAUGGAGCUGAAGUCCCUGCAGGAGCAGCCGGUGGAAGGCUUCCGCAUCACCCUGGUAGAGGAGUCUGACCUCUACAACUGGGAGGUGGCCAUCUUUGGGCCACCCAAUACUUUGUAUGAAGGGGGUUACUUCAAGGCUCACAUCAAGUUCCCCAUUGACUAUCCAUACUCUCCUCCUACGUUUCGCUUCCUCACUAAGAUGUGGCACCCAAACAUUUACGAGAACGGAGAUGUUUGCAUCUCUAUCCUACACCCUCCUGUCGACGACCCACAGAGCGGGGAGCUGCCGUCUGAAAGGUGGAACCCCACCCAGAACGUCAGGACAAUCCUGCUCAGCGUGAUCUCUCUGCUCAAUGAGCCCAACACCUUCUCUCCAGCCAAUGUAGACGCCUCGGUCAUGUUUCGCAAAUGGAGGGACAGCAAAGGCAAAGAUAAGGAGUACGCAGAGAUAAUAAGGAAGCAGGUGUUGUCAACAGCAGCAGAGGCCGAGCGGGACGGCGUCAAGGUGCCGACCACGCUGGCGGAGUACUGCGUUCAGACCAGGGUUCCCUCUCAGGACAGCAGCUCUGACCUUCUCUACGACGACCUGUACGACGAUGACAUGGAGGAGGAGGACGAAGAGGAAGACGAGAGCGAGAUGGAGUCUGUAGGUGAGGCGGGGGGCACCAGCUCUCUAGAGGACGGUGGGACGUCCACCAGGCACUAUGACAACCAGGACGACUCUGGCAACGAAGACUCUUGAUGAUCUGGAUUAUAAAUUUUCCCCUCCAAUUUAGUCCCACCAUCGUCUUUUCGUUCCUUUUUUUUUCUUCCCCUGAGUGUGUGGAUGUGUACACGUGUGUGGGUGUGUGUGUGUUUGUGCAAACAGUGGGGUCAAAAGUCUACUGCCAAAAUGUUUAAUCAUUGAUCUAGUUCAUCUUUUUCACAUGCUGUCAAAAAAAUAACAAAACAACAACCUCAUUGCAACAGAUGCCUGUUGGCACUUUUUCCACAUAAAGUCAGAGUUUGGUGUUCUCACCGUUUGCCUUAACAAAAACCCACAGUCUGUUGAACGCUUGGAAAAGUUGGAGUUUGUAAAAAAAAAAAAAAAAAAAAAAGGAAAACAGUUCAAGAGAUUCUUUAGAAUAUUGAUAAAAAUGCCCCUUUUUUGAUAAUCAGUAAUGCUUUAAUUUGUACUUCAGCAUGCAGAUGUCAUACUAACAACUCCUGAAUAUUUACACCACCAACCUAGAUUGUGUAAAUUCCCUCCUAAUAUAUCUUUAUUCCAUGUACAAAUAUACUUUCCAUCGCUGUUGUUUCCCUUGGUUCCCUGAAUGUCGCCGCUGGUCGUUGUGCUUCAUGCGUUAAUAUUGAGCAGAUUCCAUCUCUCCACGUCUGUCCAGUCCAGGUUUGGACACAAACUGGUGCAGUAUUUCAUCUUGAUGUUCCAGACAAUGCCACUAUUGUUAAAAAUAGCUAAUUGUUCUUUUAGUUUGAGUGUUUCUGUCAGUAAAUAAGGUCUUGAUGAAAGUAGUUUGUAUUUAAUUUGGUCAUAUUUAGUUUUCUUGGAGCUGUUGUUUUUAUUCCGUUUUCUCAGUUGAGACCCUUUCCUCCUCCACUUGUAUUUUUUUAUUUUCCCCGCUGUGUCUCAGAGGAAACAGUUGGUACUUUGGUUCAUCACUUAAUCAGUGAACUGGGCAGCUCGCUCCACUUUAGGACA